GAAGCUAUCUCUCAAAUGCCUUCUUAUGCUAAGUUCUUGAAAGAGAUCCUAUCUAACAAAAGGAAGUUGGAAGAAUACGAGACUGUGGCCCUUACUGAGGAGUGUAGUGCUAUCAUCCAAAACAAGUUGCCUCCUAAGCUUAAGGAUCCAGGUUCAUUUUCUAUUCCUUGUGUUAUUGGUAAUGUCUCUAUUAACCGUGCUUUGUGUGAUUUAGGUGCAAGCGUAAGUUUGAUGCCAAUGUCCAUCUAUAAGAAGCUUGGCAUAGGAGAUUUGAAGCCAACCACGAUAUCACUCCAACUGGCGGAUCGAUCGGUAAAAUAUCCGGUAGGUAUACUUGAAGAUGUACCUAUCCAGGUCGGUAAGUUCUUUAUCCCGGUCGAUUUCGUUAUCUUGGAAAUAGAAGAAGAUUCUAACAUUCCAAUUAUUUUAGGAAGACCCUUCCUUGCUACUGCAGGUGCUAUAAUCGAUGUUAAAAAUGGAAGGCUCUCUCUAAAUAUUGGAGGGGAGACGGUAGAAUUUGAUUUAAGUAAUACUAUGAAACUCCCUCUAACUGAUAAAAUUUGUUACAGGGUCGACGUCAUUGACAAGUGUACACAUGAGCAAAUUGCAAACAAUAACUCAGCUGAUCCACUUGAGAAAUGUUUGGUAAGUGAUGGUUCAAUAAAUGAUGAAGACCCCGAGGUAGCCGCGUAUGCUCAAUCUUUAGAAUUAUAA